CAGGGUGUAUGCAGAGGUAGUUGAGUAAGUAAAGAACUUGUGAUAUAUUUAGUGGAUUUUUGUUCCACAAAGAAAUAUUCCCAUCAUGAGUUCGAGUUUUCUACAUAUUGGUGAUGUUAUCUCACUUUACGCUGAGGGGUCAGGCUCAAACUCUGUGUGUGGAUUCAUAUCAACUUUGGGACUUGUUGAUGACAGAUGCGUUGUUCAACCAGAAGCAGGAAAUUUACAAAAUCCUCCAAAAAAAUUCAGAGAUUGUCUUUUCAAGAUAUGUCCCAUGAACCGAUAUAAUGCACAGAAACAAUUUUGGAAAACAAUCAAGUCUGGUGCAACCAGAAUUGCUGAUGCUGUAAUAAUGAAAAGACUCCAGGAAUCUGCUGGUGUUGAAAAAGAACAAAAUGAAAGGGAAAAUCAAAAGUUAUUGGGACAAGUUGUUAAAUAUGGAAGUGUGGUUCAAUUACUUCAUCUUAAAUCAAAUAAAUUUCUGACAGUGAAUAAAAGAUUACCAGCUUUGCUUGAAAAGAAUGCAAUGCGAGUUUCACUUGAUCCUGAUGGAAACGAAGGCUCCUGGUUUUAUAUUCAAUUAUUUUAUAAGCUGCGUUCAACUGGUGAUAAUGUGGUGAUAGGAGACAAAGUUGUUAUAAUGCCAGUAAAUGCAGGCCAACCAUUACAUGCAAGCAAAUGUGAGUUAGCUGAUAACCCGGGGUGUAAAGAAGUCAACUCUGUUAGUUGUAAUACAAGCUGGAAGAUUGUGUUGUUUAUGUCAUGGGAGGAUGACAGGAAAGAUGUGUUAAAGGGUGGGGAUGUGGUGAGACUGUUUCAUGCUGAACAGGAGAAAUUCUUGACUUGUGAUGAAUAUAGAAGUAGUCUCCAUGUUUUCCUGCGUACCACAGGCCGCAUGUCAGCCACAUCUGCCACAAGCUCAAAAGCACUGUGGGAAAUUGAGGUGGUUCAAAAAGACCCCUGUCAGGGUGGUGCAGGACAUUGGAACAAUCUGUUCCGCUUUAAACACCUUGCGUCAGGAGAUUACUUAGCUGCAAAGGACGAUACUGAAUGGGACACAAGACACAACAUAGACCCAUUUUUAGAUGGAUUUGUGUCGCCAGCUUCUUUUUCCACAUCUGCGGCCUUCUCAUCCACUUCCCCAAGGCCGUACCUCAGCAGUCAAACCAGAUCUUUAUCUGGUUCCAGUCAGAUGGCUGAGAGCGAUAACGGAGGAAGUUCCGAGAAGGAGUCGGCACGCUCUCGUAACAGGGCUCCACCUGGUGGUAUGUCAUUCUGUCUCGUAGCAACGGGAGACUCAAGUUGUGUCAGUUCAAUUUUUGAGCUCGAUCCAACUUCAUUUACAAAAUCUGACGCUCUUGUUCCUUCCAACUCGUAUGUUCGAUUAAAACAUCUAUGCACCGAUACAUGGGUGCAUUCCACUAUGAUACCUAUCGACAAGGAGGAAGACAGACCUGUCAUGUUAAAGAUUGGGACAUGUAAAUACAAGGAAGAUAAAGAGGCGUUCGCCAUCGUGAAUGUAAAUGUUGAGGAAGUGCGUGAUCUUGAUUUUGCCAAUGAUUCCAGCAAAGUGUUGGCUGACUGUGCUAAGAACAUGGAGAAGAAAAAGAUAACGGUCAUUGAAAGAAGAUUUGUGAUCAAACUUCUGGAAGAUUUGAUCUUCUUCGUGGCUCGGCAGCCUAGAGGAGCAAUGGAUGCCUUGGAUGUGAUGGUUGUGGAUCCAGAUCGAGAGCGUCAGAAACUUCUUCGGGAGCAAAAUAUUUUAAAACAAGUUUUCAAAAUAUUGCAGGCGCCUUUCAAAGACAGUGGUGAUGGUGCAUUACUACAUUUGGACGAAUUACGAGAUAAAAAGAACAUUCAUUAUCAACACAUGCUCAAGUUAUGUUACCGACUAUUAAGACACUCUACACAAGACUACAGGAAAAACCAGGAAUACAUUGCCAAGUCAUUUGGAUUGAUGCAGCAACAGAUCGGACAUGAUAUUUUAGCUGAGGACACGAUAACGGCGUUGCUACAUAAUAAUCGGAAGUUAUUAGAACAACAUAUUACUGGGACCGAGAUUGAAACGUUUGUGGCUUUGGUUCGUAAGAACAGAGAGCCAAGAUUCCUUGAUUACCUUGCUGAUUUGUGCGUGACAAACAAACAAGCCAUUCCCAAAACUCAGGAACUUAUUUGCCGUAAUAUACUGGCUUUAAAGAAUAAAGAUAUUCUGAUUGAAACCAAGCUUGGCAUAGAUGAAACUGGGGAGGAAGUUGUUAUGUUAAGUUAUGGAGAUGGAAAAGCUGUGGAGAAAAGCAUCCGACAUCUUGCACAAUCUAAUAAUGUUGAUGACAAGACAGUACUCACAUAUUACAGACACCAGUUAGAUUUGUUCAGCAAGAUGUGUCUCGACCGUCAGUACCUUGCUAUUAACCCGAUAUCUGAAGAACUGACAAUUCCUAUUAUCCUUAAAUGCAUGGCUGACACACAACUACCGUAUGAUCUGCGUGCUUCUUUUGUUCAGCUAAUGUUACAUAUGCAUGUGGAUAAGGAGCCACAAGAACCAGUGAUACCUGUACAAUAUGCAAGGCUAUGGUCAGGAAUUCCAAACCAAAUCACCAUCAAUGAUUACGACAACGACGCUGGCAGACAUGGGUUUGAAAAAUUUGUUCCCACAAUGCAGUUCGUGGAGGAAUAUCUUAAUAGUUUUGUAAAUAACGCUUGGGUGUUCAAGAAUAAAAAGGAGAAUAAAUUAACUUUCGAAGUGGUAAACCUUGCGAGACAUCUCAUCUAUUUCGGCUUCUACAGCUUUGCAGACUUGUUAAGUUUAAACCGUACCUUGCUACAAAUACUUGACUGUGUAAACGGAGUGCCGACCCAUCUUUUUAAUGGAAGAAUUGCGAAUAACGUUAACCAAAGCACGGAUGCUGUUAGCCGAGGCGUUGGAAAUAUCGGGCUUCUGGUGAGCAGCAUGACACUUGGUGGGGCCCUUGCACCACAAAAUGGCGGAACUGAAACCAGCACAGCAAGUUCAUCACCUGCUACACUUAACGUUAACUCACACGAUGAAUACGUGCUCGAAACUAAACUGAAAAUUAUUGAAAUAUUACAUUUUAUCCUCGAUGUGAGGUUAGAUUAUCGGAUCUCAAGUUUAUUAUCCAUAUUUAAACGAGAGUUUGAUGAAAAUAAUGGGAAGCAACAAGAAUCUUCACAAUCUCAAUCUUCUGAAGUUUCAACUUCAUCUGCUGCUCCUGCUGAAGGUUCAACACCACUUAUCAACCUUGGAGUAAUUUCGGCGAAAUCUGAAGGAAUAUUUGAUGGAUCUGUUGAGAGUAAUGAUCUUGAUCUGGAUGAAGAUGGAGGUCGGAUGUUCCUUCGUGUCCUUCUUAAUCUAGUGAUGCACGAUUAUCCUCCACUAGUCUCCGGAUCGCUUCAGCUGCUCUUCCGACAUUUCAGCCAGAGACAAGAAGUGCUGGGAGCAUUUAAAAAUGUUCAACUCCUAGUAACUAAAGACGAGCACGAGAAUUACACAGAAAUCAAACGAAAUCUUGACCAACUACGUUUGCUCGUUGAAAAGAGCGAAUUAUGGGUGUGGAAGGGUAAGGCAUCGAACCCAGCAUCUCACGAAAACCCACGAGAAAACUCGACAGGGAGCAUAACGGAGACAAUCACCCCUAUUGGCGACAUUUGUAUUUUACCUCCGAGAAUUCUUCGUAACCGUAGUAACUUGCGGAAAAAUAGCUUUCCAAGUCGAGAUGAAAGUGUGGAUUUUGGGAACAAUCCUGCAAACCCUAAUCGACCUUCAAUCAAGUCUUCUUCAUUCAAGAAUUAUAAAACAAUUAAAGAGAUACUGGUCAAACUUGCAAGUCUAUGUGUUGAUGAGUCAAAUAAAAAACCUCGUAAAGAACAACAACGAUUGUUACGGAACAUGGGAGCUCAUGGAGCGGUGUUAGAUUUAUUGAGGAUAUCAUAUGAGCGAGGCACUGAUAUACAAAUGCAGAGCGUGAUGAGCCAAGCUCAUAAAUUCCUUCAAUUAUUUUGCAAAGGAAACCCUCAGAAUCAAGCACUGCUGCAUAAAAAUCUGAAUUUGUUCAUGACGCCUGGUUUACUUGAGGCGCAGACGAUGCAAGCGAUAUUCCAAGAUAAUGUGACGUUAUGUAAAGAAGUCACACAUUCUGUUAUUCAACACUUUGUGCAUUGUAUUGAGAGCCACGGACGACGCACACAAUACUUGAGAUUCUUGCAAGCGAUAAUUAAAGCAGAAGGCAAAGUUCAUAUUCGUAGAUGCCAGGAUAUGGUUAUGGCUGAACUAGUGAACACCCCUGCUGGGGAAGAGGUCUUACUAUUCUACAACGACCGUGCUUCUUUCACCACAUUCAUCAAACUUAUGGAGGAACAUGCAAGGAAUUGUUUCCUUCAAUCCAAACUUGAUAAUCCACAACCAUCGUUCCAAGAAGAUGAACAAAGUCCCCUCCCGUAUCAUAUUGAACUUGUGCAACUGUUAGCUUACUGCACAGAGGGUAAAAAUGUUUACACUGAGAUUAAAUGCCACAGUUUGCUGCCAUUGGAUGAUAUUGUACAGGUUGUAACACACGAGUCUUGUAUACCUGAAGUAAAGAACGCAUAUGUUAACUUUCUUAAUCACUGCUAUGUUGAUACUGAAGUUGAAAUGAAGGAGAUUUAUUCAUCCAACCAUAUAUGGAGGUUGUUUGAUGACUUUAUGGAAGACAUGGAACGGGUGAAAAGCAAGCCUGUAGAUGAGGACCAGAAUCGUAAAUUACAAGAAUACCUCGCUACUACAGUCAUGGAUAUCAUCACCAUGUUCUUUAAUUCACCAUUUUCAGAUGCUACAACACUUAUACAGACCCGUCAAACAACUUACAUCCAAUUGCUGCGUGCAAUAGUGAUGUUAUACCAAAGUCCUUACCUACUGCCCCAUUAUAAACCUAAGCUUGAAGAAACCAUUAAGAAGAUGGGAGAAGUUGCUAAGAAGUGCAGCGUGGCGAUCCCACAAGACGUGCAAAACCUCAUCCUCCUACAGAGUAGCCUUAAGAUGCUCGCCAAAGACCGAAAGAUGGCUAUUCCCGGUCAUCUUGAGAAUGAGGUUACAAGUGCUCUUAACAGACCCAAUGUUAUGGAAGUAAUUCAGAGAUUUCGUAGUCUGCGAACAUCAACUUUAACUAGGCGUGAUACAGAGCCCUCAAAUAACCAGAGCUACCGAGACAUCAUUGAGUGUUUGCAAGACAGCGUUGCCGUGCUUGAAACUCAGUUGCGACCUCUAGUGCAAGCAGAGUUAUCAGUUCUCGUUGAUAUCUUGCAUCGUCCCGAACUUUUAUUCCCGGUGGAUACUGAUGCAAGGAAGCAAUGUGAAGGUGGCGGAUUCAUUUCAAAGUUGAUCAAACACACAGAGAAGUUGCUGGAGGACAGAGAAGAGAAACUCUGCGUAAAAGUUUUGCAAACUUUGCGUGAAAUGAUGACGGUGCAUAUUAGUUUCAGUAAGACCAAUAGCGUGUACAAUGACAGCAUCUGGGAUGAGGAACAAGAUACUCAAAUAAGAGGAAUAAGUGCAGAAGACAAUAGACGGGGUGAAGCUCUGAGACAAAUACUUCUGUCGAGAUAUUACGGUUCAAAUUAUCAUCAUCUUCGUGAUUUAGCGCAACGGGACACAACAUCUCCUAGAUCUUCGUCUACCAGCAUCUUCCGGAGGACCGAGUUAUCUUUGGAGGAAGUCCAGUGUCAUCUGAAGAAGGAGGGGGCAACAGAUCUUGUGAUCAACCUCAUCAUUGGGAACUACAGUGAGAAGAUAUUCCAUGAGAGUGUUUUACUUGGUAUUGCUUUGUUGGAAGGUGGAAAUAAUGAUAACCAGAAUGCGAUUGCCAGCCAUGAGUCUAAUGGUAUUGAUAUCAUCAUUGCUUUAAUAUUAAACGACAUUAUUCCACUUGGUAAGCAAAGGAUGGACCUUGUUAUGCAGUUAAAGAACAACGCUAGCAAGUUGCUACUAGCUAUAAUGGAGAGCCGACACGAUUCUGAAAACGCUGAGCGUAUUUUACGAAAUAUCAACCACACGCAACUUGUGUCUGUCAUUGAACAAGCUUACACAAAGGGUCAAAGAUUAGCGGAAGAAGAGGAACUUGCGUCUUCUGAUUCGAGCGAGUCCUCCAUGAUCAGAGAGAACGAGUCCCAGCUGGACAUGACGGGGGACGGAUCUCCGCGUGCCGUCGGACACAACAUCUACAUCCUCGCGCAUCAGUUAGCUCGUCACAACAAAGCGCUCGCUUGCGCUCUUAAACCGGAUAAUUCACUCACCGGGACAGAGGCGUUACAUUAUUAUAAGAAACAUACAGCGCAAAUUGAGAUUGUUCGUUCUGAUCGUACGAUGGAACAAAUAGUUUUCCCAGUUCCACACGUGUGUAGCUACCUUACCAAAGAAACCAUGGAGAGGAUAUGGAAUACAACGGACCGUGAUGAACAAGGAAGCAAAGUUGGAAGUUUCUUUGCGCAAACUGAGGAUAUGUACAGAGAGAUGGUGUGGCAGAAGAAACUAAGAGAAUACACGUCAUUGAACUGGUUCAGUCGUCAUAUAUCUCUAUGGAGCACGAUAUCAACCAACUUUAUCAUCAUUAUCAAUUUACUGGUUGCAUUUUUCUACCCGUUCAAAGUGGUUGAUUACAAAGCAUGGAGUGACAAAGCGCAACUUCUACUGUGGCCAGCUAUGCUUGUAUCACUGGCAGCAAUCACCAAUCCACUUGCUGUAAGAUGUUUCGCACUCUGCAUCAUGAUUAAAACUAUAUUCUGGAUCGGAGUCCAAAACGCAUUACUUAUACUGGGCGUUCUCAAUCUGAUGAAUCGGUUCAUAUACCUCGUGAGUUUCAUCGGUAACAAAGGAAUGAAAGAUAAGGGAGUCGUGAAGGUCCUCACUGAGACUCAAUUCCUUCUACAUGUGGUUCACAUCUUUUUCUGCUUCAUUGGAUUAUUCUGGGAUGAAUUAUUCUACAGUAUAUUGUUUUUUGACUUAAUAUACGGUGAGGAAACUUUGUUGAACGUUAUACGAAGUGUGACAAGGAACGUCCGGUCGUUACUCCUCACAGCAAUGCUUGCUCUUAUACUUGUUUAUCUUUUCAGUAUUGUUGGCUACUUAUUCUUGAAACAAGACUUUAAAGUAAGUGUGAGCCCUCGUUGUACAACAACAAGCCCUGAGCGUCUUCAGUCGCUUCGUGAUAAACUCAACAGCGAAUUACGCAACGCACAAGUUUGUAGGCAGGAUGAUGGCAGUUGUAAUAACACAGAUCCAAGCUCAAUGUGGAGCAACCCAGCAAAUGAUUCAAUAAACAACAACACAGAGUAUACGAAGCGAAUUUCAACCGAAGAAAUUGAAGAAUAUUUGUGCGACGGGCCGGAUUCGAUUGAAGAAAAUCAUUGCGAGUCACUCCUUAUGUGUAUAAUAACCACACUGAACGAAGGGUUACGAAAUGGUGGUGGUAUAGGAGAUAUAUUGAGAAAACCUUCACAGUCUGAAGGGAUCUUGUUCCUUGGAAGAGUCGUUUACGAUCUUCUUUUCUUCUUCAUCCUGAUCAUCAUUGUCCUCAAUUUGAUCUUCGGAGUUAUUAUCGAUACGUUUGCUGAUUUAAGAUCGGAGAAACAACAGAAAGAUGAUGUUUUGCGGAAUACUUGCUUUAUUUGUGGUUUGGAGCGAAAAUCAUUUGACAAUAAGACGGUAUCGUUCGAAACUCAUGUGAAGGAAGAACAUAACAUGUGGCAUUAUCUUUAUUUUGUUGUUCUUGUGAAAGUUAAAGACCCUACAGAGUUUACAGGACCAGAGAGUUAUGUUUACAACCAAGUUAAGGAGUCAAGAUUGGAAUGGUUUCCUCGCAUGCAAGCAAUGUCGUUAUCAGCAGAUGAUGAGGCAGUUGAAAAUAAUGAUGUUCGUAGUUUGUUAACGCAACUUGAAGGGACAUCUAAUCUCGUCAAAUCUUUAUCUCGACAACUACAGGAUCUGCAAGAUCAAGUUACUGAACAACGUAGAAAGCAACAAAGAUUAAACAUCAUUAACCCACACAACCACUUGCAACAGUUUAAUAAAUAAGUUAUUUUUACUGUGAUUGCACUACGCUGUAUUAUAGAUCUAUAUUUUCCCACUGCAUUUAUAUAUUCCGCUCUUUGUGUAACUUUCUCUAAGUUUCUGCAACAAUUAUCCUUUAAAUCCUUAACUAUUGCAUUAAAUGCAGCAGUGCAAAUUAUACCCUGUAUAUUUUUUCGGCAUUUUCGUACCCUGCACUAUAUAUGAAUGAGAUUUAAUUGAUUUCUUUAGCUUGGUCGCUCAUUCUUAAAUCUUUUGUGAGGUUUUCACGCCUGCUGCAAAUAUAUCCGUUAUCGCAAUAUGGUUGUAUUAUGUUUCUCAACAAAGUUACUGUAUCAUGUUACUUGUACAUUCUUAUAUAACAUUCCUCUAAAAGUAAUUCCUGUAAUCUCUCUGCACACAAUCAUUAAAUUUUACUGCACCUUCGGA